AUGACAGCCCUUCCAACAAGGGUAUACCAAAUUUCUAGUACAAUUGAUAUCUCAUCUCAUUCUCAAAGAACUUCUAUCGUUCCAAGGUAUUCAUUACCAAUGAAAAAAAUAAAAAAUUACAAUGAACAAAAAACUUUACCUGUAAAUGACACACUUACUACAUCUGUAGAUAUAGAAAAAGAAGAUAAUGAAAUUGUAGAACAAGACAUUUCAAAAACUAAAAUAAAAAGACAAACAAUAAUUCAAGGUUCAUCAAAAAUAUCACUUAAUCCUUCUUUUAUUACUAAAAAGAGAAGUACUCUUAUUCUUGAUGAUGUAAAUCAGGAGAAAAAAGAAACAAUCACAAGACAUCAAUCUAACGAACCUCAAAAUUUUGUUCUUAAUAGAAAAGAAUUAAACCGAAUAUCAAUUACCAAAAGGAUGUCAAAAAUUGGUUCAAGACAUAAUUCUAGUUUAGUAAAUGGAAUAACAAAAAGACAAAGUUCUAUUAUUCAAGGAGUAAAAAAUAAACAAGAACGAUUCAAAGUUGUCAAAGAAUUAUUAUCUUCAGAAACAACAUACGUAACAAAUUUAAAAACUCUUAUGGAAGAAUAUAUGGAACCAUGUUAUAACAAAUCUAUACUUCCUAAAAGAACAUGUGAUAUUAUUUUUGCAGGUAUUAAAUCAAUUUAUUUUACUAACAAAAAGUUUCAAGUUGAGUUAAAUGAUAUCUAUGGUGAGGCUAAAAGUGUUGAAGAUGGAAAAGAAGAUUUACGAUUUGAACAAAUGACUAAAUGUUUCUUAAAAUUUGUAGAUGUCUUUAAGUUAUAUUCAUCAUUUGUAAAUAAUUAUGAUAACGCAAGGACUACUACAGAAAAUGAGUUAAAAGAAAAUAAACUCUUUCAUGAUAUGUGUGAUAAUACUACAAUUAAACCAAUGAGCUCUAAUGGAAUUCUUUCAUUAUUAAUUCUUCCUGUUCAAAGAAUUCCAAGGUAUGUUAUGCUCGUAAAAGAUCUUUGUAAAUGGACUCAAAGAAAUCAAUGGUCAAAUAACUUAGCUUUAUUAAAAGAAAAGAUUGACGGAUUAGGAAAGCUUAUCAAUGAUUCAAAAAAGAAACAAAAACAAAUGGAUUUAUUAAAAGAAUAUAAUCUUACAAUAACAAAUUUUGAGAAAAUUAUUGGGGAAGAAUUUGUAAAUGCUGCAAGAUGUUUUAUUUCUGAAUAUGAUGUAUUUGUUUAUUACAAACAUAGAGUUAGAGCAUUAACUUUAAUCAUUUUUACAGAUGUACUAAUUCUUUGUAAGAAAGAGAAAAAAGGUUCUACUGUAAUUUAUGGUGCAAAACUACAAUUUUGUAAAUUAUAUCUUUCAUCAGAUGAGCUAAAUCAAAUUACUUCCUUAAAAACUUCUUUACUAAAGAAAAAAGGAGAAAAAUUUAGGCCAUUCUUAGAUGCUUGUUUUGGAUUAGAAGUUGUUGGAAAGUCAAUAGCUGAACCACUUCUUAAACCAAGAACUUUCUUAAUCUGGCAAAAUAGUUCAUACCCAUCUUCUGCAGCUAAAAUAGAUAUUCUUCAAUCAAUAUCAGCUUGGCAACAAGUUUUAAGAAACAAUAAUUUUAAAAGAAGAGAGUCUUUGGCUUUUGACCUUCUAAAUAAAUAG